GCUUUCACAGUCUGAGAGACUUUUACACGUGGUGCUCGGUUAACUACUGUACUCCCUCCUCACGCGGCGACGCCGCCGUCGACGCCGCUCCCCGGCGCGUUCGAGACGCCCUCGCCCGCGCUCAACCCGUCCACGAACCCCCGCGCUUUGUCCGCAGCCUCGCGCGCGCGAUGCUUCAACCCGACCCCGCCGCCGUUCGCGCCGGAAGAAGCCGUCCCGUGCCACAGGUCUCCGAGCGCCGCGCUCGCUGUUCUCGCCGCGGACGCGAUGUGCGGCGCCGCCACGCGCGCCACCUCACUCGCGGCGACCGCGCCCGCGCCGACGAUCGUCACCGCGGCCCUCCCGGCCGUGCCCGCGGCGUUCUUGAGCCACGCGUCGUUCGCGGAUCCCGCCGACGGCGUCUUCGCGUCCGACGCCGCCGCCGCCGCCGCCGCCGCCGUCGUCGUCGCGCCGCCCGCCGCCGCCGAGCCGCCCGCCGCACAUCGCGCGACGUCGCUCGCGUGCCUCGCGUGCGCGAUCGCGGCGCGGUUCGCCAUCGUCACCGUCGCCGCGUGCAUCCCGGCCGCGACGUCGCCGCCGCGGUCCGCGCCCGCGGCGAUGGCCGACUGCAACGCUUGCACGGCGGCGGUGGCGUCCGAGGCGGCGCGCGUCGCCGCGGCGGCGGCGCGCAUCGCGUCCGCGGCCGCGGCCUGCGCCUCCGCGGCGUCUCGCAGCGCGGCGACGACGCGCGGGUCCUUCGCGUCGGAAGGGAUGACCGCGUACGGGCGCGGUUCCGUCGCCGUCGCGGCGGCCGCGACGGCCGCGGCCGCGGGCGCGGCCGCGGGCGCGGGCGCGGGCGCGGCGUCGUCCUCGGUCGCGAACGACGCGGCGCCCGCCUCCUCGCGCUCGGACAGCUGCGCGGCCGCCUCCGCGAGGUCGGGAUCGGCCUCGAUCCCGGCCGCGACCGCGGCGAUCGCGUCCUUCGUCGACAGCGCGGCGGACGGCGACGCGGCAGCGGCGGCGAAGCCGGCGUCGUCCUCCGCCGCCGCCUCCGCCGCCGCGCCCAUGUCCUCCGCCAUCAUCGCCGCGGUCAUCGCGGUCAUCGCGCUCGUCGCGUGCGCGUCGUUCGAGUCCUUCUUCUUCUCCUUAGCCGCGGCCGCCUCAGCCUUCGCCGCGAGCGCCCUCUCCGUCUCCUCCUGCGCGCGGCGCACUUUUUCCUUCCCGCCUCUCAGCGAGUUGAGCGCGAGAAACGUGAGCACGUUGACGCCGAGCAAAGCGCGCGCGGCGACCCACACGCCGCCCUGGGCGGACACCGCCGCGGUCGGGUCCGCGGCCCAAGACGCGGCGGUGUCCGCGCCUCUCUUCGCAGCCUCGGUCGCCCACGACGCGGUCGACGCCGCGAGCGCCUUGAGCGCCUCGACGUCGACGCGUUCGUCGGCGUCGUCGUCGUCGCCGUUCGAAUCGUCGCCGUCGCCGCGGUCCUCGUCGUCGCCGCUCCCGCCGCCGCCGCCGUCGCCGCCGCCGCCGCCGGUCGCGGCGUCGAGGGCGUCGUCGUUCGUCGCGGGCGGCGGCUUCUCGUCCACCGCGGGGACGAUGUUGUUCGUUGUAUCCGCGGUGGAGGACGACGACGACGCCGCGGAAGAGGAGACGUCGGAGACGUCGUCGUCGAUCGCGCGCUCCGCCUCGUCCUUCGCUGGCGCCUCCGCCUCCGCGUCGACGUCGUUCGCGUUGUUCGCGCGAGGGGCCGUCGCCGCGCGCGGACUCUUCGACACGCGCGAAACCGCGCGCAUCGACGCGGACAGCGCGCGCGUUUGGACGCGCGACGAGAGCGUCGCGCGACGCGUCGCGCCGACGGCGGGCGAGGCGCGCCUCUCAUCAGACCGCGACGAGCCAUGGGCGCGAUUAAAUAUCGGCGACGCGCACGCCGAGAGCGCGAGGACGCCGCUCGCGCUCAUGACGACGCGCGAGGGCGAGACGCGAGCGUUCGCGAGGGAGGUGUGGCGCGCGCGAGAUCCGCUUCCCGGGCGACGGGCGCGCGCGGGUCUCGCGUCGUUCGCGCGCGAGUGAGGCGCGAGAUCUGCGCGGCGUGU